CUCUUUCCGAUGACGUCACGGACAGUGUUUUGGAGGCGAGGAGUUGUUGAAGAAAAUCGAAGAGCCUUGUUAUCAACACGGGCGUCCUAAACUGCUCUAUCUAAUAGACAGAGAACAAUAUGUCAGAAGAUACAGACACAAAACCUUCAAGUCAGGAUGGAGGAGACCAAAAAGAUGGAGAAUACAUCAAACUGAAAGUGAUCGGUCAGGACAACAGUGAAAUUCACUUCAAAGUGAAGAUGACGACCCAUCUGAAGAAGCUGAAGGAGUCUUAUAGCCAGAGACAGGGUGUCCAUAUGAGUACCUUACGGUUUCUAUUUGAGGGACAAAGAAUCUCAGACAACCACACUCCAAAAGAGCUCGGGAUGGAAGAUGAGGACGUCAUCGAGGUCUAUCAGGAACAGACUGGAGGACUUCAGAAUAAUUAAUUUACCUGGAUUUACCUUCUCUUUUUUUUUAAUGAUGAUAAUAUUGUAUUUUAUAUUGAUUGAUUUGUUUGGCUGUGUGUUCCUCUCAGUGGGAGAGAAGAGAGAAUAACUGUCUGACACUUCUCCUGUUCUGUUGUCUUAUGCUCACCUGGGCCCUGGUCUGUUUGCGGGCUAUGCGUCCUGGAGUAUGAGUGUUAUUAUGAAUUCGGCCCCUGGAACAAGACUAACAUCAUCCAGUUGUGGUUCAUGAUGUUGGCCAGAUAUCAUUAUUUCUGGUCAUAUUAACUAAACCACCAAGGGCUUCAGUUUGGUUGAUUAGCGUCCGUUCCAUAUAUAGAUUUCUACAGUAUAUAUUUUACUAGCUAUAGAUCCUGAUUUUAAAUUGAUUGAAGAUAUCUAGCAUGGCGCUCAUAAUUCCUGACUUUAUGUCUAGGUUUCAUCCAGUUCAGUUGUUACUUUACAUAAAGGUGGCAUGCAAUACGACUGUCUUCAAUAAUGUGUCUCAUCGGUUUGACAGUAUUUAAUAACCAUCAAGUUCCUAUUCACUGCCUGUGUCUUUCCGUCAGAGAACGGGCAAAAUGCCUCACCUAAAUCCAUAGUACAUGGUACUCUGGAGCAGUGGUUCCCAACCGGUGAGCCCCGAGGGAGUCUCCGGUGAGCCCCGACCUGUGGAACGCACAUGGAAUUAUGACUUGGGAGCACCAGUGCCGCUCAGAUGGUCUCAUCUGGAUGGUUGUUUCAUGUCCAGUGUUCUCGGGCUGUUACAUGUAUAUCAUUUGAGGGGCACGCAUCACAAGCAAAGUCAUUUGUAUAAUUUUACUUUGUCUGUGAAAACCAAAUUGCACAGGCAAGUCUGAUUUUAGGAUUAGCGUAGAGUCAUUUAUUUCUUCAUAUAUGUCUCUGAGCUUAGCUGAACCACAGCCUCUGCCAUAGAAACAAACGGAGCAUGGCGUUGUGUCCGGGGUUAAACCUUUACAAUGCAGAAAACCGCUCAUCUGUAGCCCAAACCCUUCAAAACAAUUACUGUCUGCUGUGUAGUACUCUGGAGUACUGAUUACUGUCUGCUGUGUAGUACUCUGGAGUACUGAUUACUGUCUGCUCUGUAGUACUCUGGAGUACUGAUUACUGUCUGCUGUGUAGUACUCUGGAGUACUGAUUACUGUCUGCUGUGUACUACUCUGGAGUACUGAUUACUGUCUGCUGUGUAGUACUCUGGAGUACUGAUUACUGUCUGCUGUGUACUACUCUGGAGUACUGAUUACUGUCUGCUGUGUAGUACUCUGGAGUACUGAUUACUGUCUGCUGUGUAGUACUCUGGAGUACUGAUUACUGUCUGCUGUGUAGUACUCUGGAGUACUGAUUACUGUCUGCUGUGUAGUACUCUGGAGUACUGAUUACUGUCUGCUCUGUAGUACUCUGGAGUACUGAUUACUGUCUGCUGUGUAGUACUCUGGAGUACUGAUUACUGUCUGCUGUGUAGUACUCUGGAGUACUGAUUACUGUCUUCUGUGUAGUACUCUGGAGUACUGAUUACUGUACUUUGAUUAGAUGUUAAGAAGCCUUGCAUUUGUUUUCUCUCUCGUUUGUGAAACUGACUGGUAAAUGUAUUGAUAACCCUGGACUCAUUCCCACAAGCUCAGUCUCAUUCAUGACAGGAUAAAGGCUGUGAGUUCCCAGCCAAAAUACUGAGCAGUUUCUCUUUCUGACAAACCUUGUAUAGCAACAUUAGCAUUGUACACAGUUACUUUAAAAAAUAGAAUAUCAUGAAUUUAAAUGUUACCCCACUUGUAUAUUUUCUAUACAUAUUUUUUAUACACUGAACAAAAAUAUAAACGCAACAUGUAAAGUGUUGGUCCCAUGUUUCAUGAGUUGAAAUAAAAAAUUGCCGACAUUUUCCAUA